AUGACCAACAGACCCGACAUUGAAGCGGGUGCCGCUGGGCAAAUGCCCAACGACUAUGAUGCCAAUGAUACCGAGACAGAGUCUCUCCUUCCAACCACACGGCCUGAAGAAGAUGUGUUGUUGCAUUCACCGAAGAAGUCAAGGUCCACCUUCCACGAUAAAGCCUGUGGACAACCAAGGUUCGGAGUUUUGCAUAUAACUGGGGCGUUUGUGCUGGGCACUAUUGCGACACUGGCUGCGCAGUACGCCAUUUGCGGGUCCAGCUGUUUCACAGGAGGACAGCAAGGUUCGCGUUCGGCUUCUGCGUAUUCGCAUCAGAACCAGGAAGUUGUCACCGCGCUAGCACCGCCGUGGGUCGGAUCCACUGAGUCGCACCAGUUCCCCCCUCCCAAUCCAACGAACGCGUUCCCUUCGUUGUUCCCUUCUGAUGUAGGCUAUGCCGGCCCAACACCCACGGGAGCAGAGGCUGGAGUUAUCGCGACAGCUCCUGCAUACCCAAUGCAUACGGGUCAGUGCUCGCAUGAGCUCCUGAAGCCCGCGUCGCUGUACGGAGAGGCGAAGAAGGAUCCGGAACAUAACGAAGCGAAGGGAAAGAAAUCCAAAUUCAACUUGUUCCGUAGCUGGGGCAAUCUUUCCCCGUGGUAUAGCGUUGACAGAGGCCGUUUUGGCGUGGAUUCUAGCCCUGAUGUUCCAGAGACAUGUCGGGUUACAGGGUUGCAUUUCUUGCAUAGACACGGCGCCAGGUAUCCUACAGCGUGGGCAAGCUUCGGUGGUCCUGCCAAGUUGGGAAGGAAACUUCAUAGAUCUCCAGAAUCCUGGAAUGCGUCUGGAGAUCUCGAAUUUUUGAAUGGAUGGACCUAUAAACUUGGAGAAGAGAUCUUGACACCAUUUGGAAGGCAGCAACUUUAUGAUCUUGGAAUCUCACUACGAAUCAAAUAUGGGUUCCUGCUGCAGAACUUCACUGAGAAGAACACGCUUCCUGUGUUCAGAACUGAAUCUCAAGAUCGCAUGCUUGCUUCUGCCCAAAACUUUGCAGUUGGGUUCUUUGGUUACCCUCUUGAUGGUCAAUACCAGCAGAGUAUUACAAUCGAAGAGGACGGGUUCAACAACACGCUAUCUCCUUACAAGACGUGUCCUAAUGCCAAAAUUAUCCACAAGUCGGAGCGAGGACAAUGGUACAUCAAGCGCUGGGCAAAUAUCUACCUCAAAGAAGCCCAAAAGCGAUUGCAAAAACAGUUGCAUGGCAUUGAUCUGACAAUUGAAGAGACAUACAUGAUGCAACAGCUUUGUCCAUACGAGACUGUGGCCCUUGGAUACUCCAAGUUCUGUGAGCUGUUCACCGAAGAAGAGUGGGAGGGAUUCAACUAUGCACUCGAUUUGCAAUUCUGGUAUGGGUCUGCGUUUGGUUCACCCGUCGCUCGCGUGCAGGGCAUUGGUUACGUCCAGGAAAUGGUUGCUCGUCUAACCAACACACCCAUCCAAACGCACAACUCUUCCACUAACGCCACAUUAAAUGACAACCCCAUUACAUUCCCUCUUGGCCAGAGUCUGUAUGUCGAUGCCACCCACGAAGUUGUCGUUUUAAACAUCAUUACUGCCCUCAACUUAACUUCGUUCGCCGGAUCAGGACCUCUUCCUUAUACACAUAUGGACCCCAAUCGUACAUUUAGGGUCUCCGAACUCGCUCCGUUCGCCACGAAUGUCCAAUUCCAACUUCUGGAAUGUACGUCGACCCCAGGCCAACAGAUCAGGGUGAUCAUCAACGACGGCGUCGUGCCACUCACAGGCAUCCGCGGAUGUCCCGAGCAGAAGGACGGCAUGUGCCCAGUGGACACCUUCGUCGCAGCACAGAAGGAGAUCAUCAAGGAGGUCGACUGGCUAUACGACUGUCAUGGCGAUUGGACGGUCCCGGAAGGUACUGAGUGGGAGACUGUUAUCGGCUCGCCGCCGAAGCGAGCUUAA